CUCCCUCAUUACAUCAUCUUCAGCCCGUGGCCGCCGUACAGGACUGGGCGCGGCGCGAUCCACUCACCCCGGGGCUCCAGCCCGCUCUCCCGAGUCUCUCCUGGCCCUCCCCGCACCUGCUCCAGGGCCAAGACCGGGAGAGGCCCGCGGGCUAGCUCCCAGAACCCGCUAGGCACAGCUAGCGGACCUCGGCAGCUCCGCCUGAUCCAUUCAUUGAGAGCCGCGUAUUUUCCCGGAGCCCCAGUCCCCCGCCUCCUCCAGCUCGGAGCCGCGGGUAGCGCCAUGGAGAAGAGCAGCGAGACCAACGGCUACCUAGACAGCGCCCAGGCGGGGCCUGCAGCGGGGCCUGGCGCGCGGGGGAGCACGGCCCGACGCGUGCGGCGCUGCGCUGGCUUCCUACGGCGCCACGCGCUGGUGCUGCUCACAGUGUCCGGAGUGGUGGCGGGCGCCGGCCUGGGCGCGGCGCUGCGUGGGCUCAAGCUGAACCGCACACAGGUCACCUACCUGGCCUUUCCUGGAGAGAUGCUGCUCCGCAUGCUGCGCAUGAUCAUCCUGCCGCUGGUGGUCUGCAGCCUGGUAUCGGGCGCCGCCUCCCUUGACGCCAGCUCUCUCGGGCGCCUGGGCGGCAUCGCCAUAGCCUACUUCGGCCUCACCACACUAGGCGCCUCGGCUCUCGCAGUCGCUUUGGCGUUCAUCAUCAAGCCUGGAUCUGGCGCGCAGACCCUUCAGUCCAGCGACCUGGGUCUGGAGGAGACGGGGCCCCCACCGGUCACCAAAGAGACAGUGGACUCAUUCCUCGACCUGGCCAGUUUUAGAUACAAGCCCCUUCAGCUCCUGCUUCUGAAGUGAAUGACCCAUCCUUAUGGCUUAGCGAUCAGUUGGACAGUGCUUGGAGCCUUUCCCUUCACACAGGAUGGCGCUAGGGACUUACCUUCCUUCCCAAGAACUGGGUGAA